AUGCGAAGCGGCAAAAAACGCGUCACAUCACGCGUUGAGUCGAUAAAAACAUUUAUACCAAGGUCAUCUGAACGAAUAUCGAAGCGUCGGAUGAUCGUUUUGGAAGAUCGUAUACCAGCCACAGAGCACAGAAUCCGCACGACGCGACGCAAUGAACGGAAAAAAACAGUUGUGCCAAAGUCGUCUCAGCUAGCACCGAAACUUCGAAGGGCAUCCCGUAAACGUUACGAGUCGCCAGAAGAGCCCGAAAUCUACAAGCAUCAACGUCUAGAUACUUCCACGGAUGAGAUACGCCUCCUGAAACUUUCCCGAGAGACAAAAGGACCUGUACACUGCGAAGUCAAAGUCUUUCCGCUUGAACGCGCUCCACCAUACGUUGCAUUAUCUUACCGAUGGGGUCUGCCGUCGCCAUUGCACGAUAUUCAUAUCGAAGGCAAAGUACUUAAGAUUCGGGAUAUCCUGAAUUCAUGUUUAUUGGAGCUGCGAGAAGAGCUGAACACAUGGCUAUGGGUAGACCAGAUCUGCAUUGCUCAGAUGGAUACCUCAGAACGAAAUCAUCAAGUUGGAAUAAUGGCACGUAUCUACGGCAGGAGUGCCUUCGUGAUUAUCUGGCUGGGUGACAUACCUCUAGCAUAUCCGCGCGAAGAUGAUCGCUUCAACGACCGGGACUUGGAUGAAGAAUCAGCAGUUCUCUUGUUGAAGAACAAAUACUUUAGGAGGAUGUGGAUAAUACAAGAGAUAUUGCUUGCUAAGAAGAUCUGGCUCCGCAUCAAUGGACACCGCAACAUCGCAUGGAGUACGAUAGAAGACAGGUCUGCUGGGUAUGCAGCAGUAUUCGAUCCUGAAGACCCAUACCCUAUAUUCCUGACUUUCUUUGCAUUCGGUCCAAAACGAGCAUUACAGAAAUUGCCGCUAGGUCUACUCCUCACAAUGUCCACCUACAACCCGUCCGAGUGCGAGGAUCCCCGUGAUAAGGUCUAUGGUUUAAUGGGUAUCGUAAGGGAACAAGACAAGCUUGUAGUGGAUUACAGAAAGAGUAACCAUGAAGUGUAUCUGGAUGCGAUUAUGAUUAUGCUUAGGGCAGGAUCAAUUUUUUAUCUACAUUGCUCAAUUUUUCAUACAUUGGGAAAGGAGAUGGGGAUCGAGAAGUCUUUGAUACGAGAUACGAGGCUAUGGUUGGAAGGCACUUUUGGGACAUCACCUUGGCUAGAGGCCAUGGAUUGGGAAGAAUUUGAUAGAUUUUGUAUAUAG